AUGACUACGGCUCCGGCUGUCCUGAGCCCUCCGGUAUUAAAGGUGACAGGCGCGAGCGGCGAGGAUUUGCCCCUCCAGCGAGACCCCAUCGAGACCAAGUAUCGUGACUUCUUCUGGACAUACACCGAAGAGCCGCACCGUACACGCCGCAUCGCCAUCAUCAAGGCCCAUCCAGAGGUGACCAAGCUCUGCGGCCCGGAGCCCCUGACGAAGUGGGUGGUACUGGGCGUCGUAUCCCUCCAAAUCCUCUGCGCUUACGUCCUGCGCAACACGUCCUUCUUCUCGCUGCCCUACUGGGCGCUCGCCUACGUCGUCGGCGCGACCGCGAACCAGAACCUAUUCCUGGCCAUCCACGAAAUCAGCCACAACCUGGCCUUCCGGUCGGCGACGGCCAACCGGCUCUUCGCCAUCGUGGCCAACCUGCCCAUCGGCGUGCCCUACAGCGCCUCGUUCCGCCCCUACCACCUGACGCACCACAAGUCGCUAGGGGUCGACGGGCUCGACACGGACCUGCCCACGGCGCUCGAGGCUGUUUUCCUCGACUCCAUCCUCGGUAAGGCGUUCUUCUGCACCUUCCAGAUAUUCUUCUACGCCGUGCGGCCCAUGGCCGUCUACCGCGUUCCCUUCACCUGGGUCUCGGGCACCAACCUGGCCGUCCAGGUCCUGUUCGACUACGUCGUCAUCCAGACCAUGGGCAAGAACGCGCUGCUGUACUUCCUGCUCUCAUCCUUCCUGGCCGGAAGCUUGCACCCCCUGGCCGGCCACUUCAUCGCCGAACACUACGUUUACAACACCAUCACACCGGCCGCUGCGAACCCGGACAAUAAGAUUCCUGUGCCCGAGACUUUCAGCUACUACGGGCUGGGCAACAUCCUCACCUACAACGUCGGCUUCCAUAACGAGCACCACGAUUUCCCUGCCGUUCCGUGGACGCGGCUGCCGAAGCUGUACGAGAUUGCCAACGAGUUCUACAAGGACCUGCCCCAGCACCAGAGUUGGUCGUAUGUUCUGUGGCAGUUCAUCUUCGACGAGAACGUGGGCAUCCGGUGUCGCGUGAAGCGGAAGGAAGGCGGAAGAAAAGUUGGUUUCGGCACGCAGCCCAAUGGGAAGAAAGCGGAGCCAGUGGGGGACUGGCAGCAGGAUGAGAUAGAGGCUUAG